AUGGCGCCUCAAGUCGACAAACGGCAACCUCGGGUGCCUCUCAGCUGCGAAAACUGUCGAAAGCGGAAGAUCAAAUGUUCGGGCGAACGGCCCUUUUGCGACACAUGCGCCCGUCGUGGCUUCAGCCAUACGUGCUUUUAUCUGCGCCAAAAUGUGCAGGCGGCCGCCGGGUCCAGCUCCGAUGAGGUGCUCCAAAGAGUGAGACGAGUCGAAAGCCUCCUGGAGCGACAAGUCUACCUUCUGGAGCAGCAACAUGAGCCCUCCCCAAAAUCUCAUGAGUCGAAUCAAGAUAUCCUGUCCCACCAUCCACCAUCGUCGGUGAACUCGUCGCCCUGGACGGAGGUCGAGGUAGCUCCUUCGGACGCCGCAACUUCAACCAUUGUCGGUACCGUGUUGGUAUCCGAGGGAGGCUAUGAACGAUUUGUCCCCGGACUCGCCUCUUCAGAUGCAGACGCCGUCAAUGAGCUGAUUCAAUCUGCUUCUGCUCCACCAAUGUCGUCGAGCUUCCCGUUUUCCAGCGAGGCACUCGCAACGCGAAGAGCGCUUUUGGAGGUUCUGCCUCCAGGACGGCAGUGCGACGAAUUGAAGGAUAAAUUCUUCGAAGUUUUCUCGCCGCUCUUUCACAUACUCCAUGACCCAACGUUCCAUGCCGAGUAUGCCAACUUUCGCCAAUGCCGAGGAGACGUAUCCCUCUCAUUUCUCGCGCUGCUGUUCGUGAUUCUCUCCAUCUCCGUCACUGCGUUAGACUCUGACGAUCCACUCCUUACGGAUCUUGGAGUGGAAGCUACGGCUUCAGCAAAUAUCAAAAGCUUGGCGACAAAAUACCGAGCAGCCGCGAUGGGAUGCCUUUCAGCAGACCAGUUCCUGUGGCGACACAAUUUGCACACCGUCCAGGCUUUGGUGCUCCUGAUAUAUGCACUUUCGCAUGCUCAUGGGCCUUCAUGGGCCUUGUUGGGGACCACCUUCAACAUCUGCGUCUCGAUCGGUUGCCACAUUGACCCAUCUCAACUGAACUUAGAUCCCGUGAGAAGUGAACAGAGGCGUCGGUGUUGGGCCGGCCUCAUGUUGCUGUAUACCGUCCAAAACACUUGCCUGGGGAAUCUUGCCCCAAUGAAGGUUACGACCAACGUACGUCUCCCUGCGGAUGUGGAUGAUGAGUACAUCUCCAUGUACGACAGCCCGCAGGUUCACGUGGACGAGUCUCAGCCAAAACCUCUCAGCAAAAUGUCGUACAUCCUGUUCAAGUUCAAGCUAUAUCGACUGGCGUCCGAUAUAACAAACUUCGCCCGGGAAAAUGGGCACUUGAAUGGCCUGAACGAGCUCGACGCACGGAUCUCCAGAGAAGAGCACGAACACAACGCACGAUUCACCGACCCUCGUCAACUUCCCGUUUACCAUCUCGCUCAUCUCUAUAUCAUCAAAAACUAUACGAGUCACCUGCGGCUCAUCCUGCAUCGACCGUAUCUUCCGCCGCAUUCUUCAGCUCCGGACAGCACCCUGUACGAGUUCCCCGAACAAGUGCUCCAGAGCCGGCAGUACUGUAAGAUGUCGGCAAUGAAGAUUCUCAGCAACCACGAGGACCUCUGCUGCGACAAGAACCUCCUGCCUUAUCGCUGGUUCGUGUAUGGCCUGGGCGGCUACCAGACAUUUCUGGCGGCGUCGACACUCGUGGUGCUCCUGGGUUCGGAAGACGACUCGGUCGCAUCGGACCGCGCAGAUGUAAUCUUCGCCCUGCAAAAGUGUCAAGCACGCUUCGAGCAGCUGUCCCCGCGCAGUGACAUCUCCGCCAAAGCUGCCCGGAUCCUGCGCCGCACGCUCGGUUCCCCCGAGAGCAGCAACGGCCGCGGCGACACGGCUCCUCAAGAACCCCCGGGGUUGUACCACCAAUCCUCGAGCACCAGCGACGAGUCCAAGAGGUACAGCAUGAGCCACAGACAUCCGAUGUCCAGCGCUUCUCCUGGCGGCAGCCAUAGCCAGCCUGCGCCAUCGAUGGCGCCCGGUGUCAGGUACAGCCAGCAGGCCCGGUUCACCGGUGUCCUGGCUACCAACAACACCAACGGGUCCGCCGCGAAAAUGGACUUGCCACCACCACAACAGCAGCAGCAGCCACAACCUCAUUCCUUCUUCCCCUGCCCGCAACCCCUAUACGAGCUGAUGAGCCUCCCCGCGGAGCAAUGGCUCAGCGGCCCCUCAGCGCUGGCCUGGGACUGGAGCAGUUGGGUCGACGUGCCCGACCCCCAAACCGCUGGAUCGGAUAUGUUCAUGGACGCUUCCGGCGUGAUGAUGUGA